GGCGUCAACAGCGCGCGCGUCAAUUCCUAAGGCGACGAAUUUUGCAGAAGCUGUAUGUCUGACGGUCUCAGGGUUCUAUAGUGCCCAGCGCGUUUGGCGCGUUGCUUCUCUCGGCGUCCUCUGUCCUCACCCUAAAGCACUCGCCAUGAAGGAUUCGCUGGUACUGCAGAGCCGCGUCCAGGCGCACCCGGAUUCCCGCUGCUGGUUCCUGGCCUGGAACCCCUCGGGGACCCUGUUGGCUUCAUGUGGAGGCGACCGUAAAAUUCGCAUCUGGGGCACCGAGGGUGACAGCUGGGUUUGCAAGUCUGUCCUCUCUGAAGGCCAUCAGCGCACCGUUAGGAAAGUGGCCUGGUCCCCGUGUGGAAACUACCUGGCAUCUGCCAGCUUUGAUGCCACCACUUGUAUUUGGAAGAAGAGCCAGGAUGACUUUGAGUGUGUGACUACUCUUGAGGGCCAUGAAAAUGAGGUCAAGUCAGUGGCUUGGGCCCCAUCUGGCAACCUCUUGGCUACCUGCAGCAGAGAUAAGAGCGUGUGGGUCUGGGAAGUUGAUGAAGAGGAUGAGUAUGAAUGUGUCAGUGUCCUCAACUCUCAUACACAGGACGUUAAGCACGUGGUUUGGCACCCAAGCCAGGAGCUUUUAGCUUCUGCUAGCUAUGAUGACACAGUGAAGCUAUACCAGGAAGAAGGGGAUGACUGGGUCUGCUGUGCCACCCUCGAAGGUCAUGAGUCCACUGUUUGGAGCAUAGCCUUUGAUCCCAGCGGCCAGCGGCUAGCAUCUUGCAGUGAUGACCGAACUGUGCGCAUCUGGCGCCAGUAUCUACCAGGCAAUGAACAAGGGGUGGCGUGCAGUGGCUCUGACCCCAGCUGGAAAUGUAUCUGCACUUUGUCGGGCUUCCACACCAGGACCAUUUACGACGUUGCUUGGUGUCAGCUGACAGGGGCCCUGGCUACAGCUUGUGGAGAUGAUGCCAUCCGAGUGUUUGAGGAAGACCCAGGCUCAGACCCACAGCAGCCCACCUUCUCUCUGACAGCCCAUCUUCGUCAGGCCCAUUCCCAGGAUGUCAACUGUGUGGCUUGGAAUCCCAAGGAGCCAGGGCUCCUGGCCUCUUGUAGUGAUGAUGGGGAGGUAGCCUUCUGGGAGUACCACCAGCCUGCAGGUCUCUGAGCUAUAGCUUGACUUGGGGUCUUGAUUUCCAUAGAAAGUGUCCUCAGACUUCUAGUCAUCAAGAAGACCUGAAGCAUCCUUGACCUUCAUUUUGCUCAGGAUUAUUCACUGUUUCCCUUCCUUGAGAUGAGGAAGCCAUUGGAGAGAGCCACGGAACAGCAGUAUAUUGUAUUAAAGUUUUGCUUGAUUUAGGGUAUGGUGUUACAUUUUGGGGGUAAAAUAAUCAAUAUAUAUGAGUAAGAGCUUUUGAAAUUGUGAGCUUUAUAGAAAUAAUCCAUCUGUGCUCUACUUCCUGUUUUAUAGGUAAGGUCAUUUAUCAUUUCUUAUAACUUAAUUAUUUGGAAUGGGCUCCACCGUCCCAAUUCUAGAGUAGUUCUUGCAUUUAAGACAUGCAAGCUAGCUGUAGUGUUUUCCUAGCACUCAAUCAGCAGAGAUGUGUUAUACUUGGCUGCAUAGUGAGUUUGAAGCCACCCUGAGAUAUGAGACCCUUUUCUCAAAAACCAAAGACAUUCAAAACUAGAGGAAUUUUCCCCCAAAAAUGUAAGUUUGUUCAUAGUAAAAGGACACCUCUGCUUUUCCUUAGAAACCCUCACAUGCCUCUUGAGACAUUAUGCUGUGGGCUUCUGAGGAUAUGAAAAGAAAUGAACUCCUAUAGUGAGGAGGUUUUUAGUGAGGGACAUAAAACAUUAAGACAAUAGCUGGAGACCCUCUAAGAGAGCAGCAGGCUGGUGUCUAGUCGAACAUUCACGAGGCAGAGGCCAGCCUGAUCUACAAAGUGAGUUCCAGGACAGCUAGGGAGACAGUGACCAUAGAAAAACCAAAAUUCAAAUCUGUGGUGUUUUUCAGGGCCAAGAAUAGUUAAGAUGUCUAAUUAGCCUUUUAGAAGAAUGCCGAUUAGACAAACAGAAAUGCUUACAGGUUUGGGUGUGAGUUGUCUCCCAAACUGGAGCCUUCACUUACUUUUUUACACUGUACUAUUGUGACCUUAGAUUUUUGCAAAGACAGUGGAGACAUAGUGUUGACUAGUGGUCUGCAGAUUCCUGGGAAUCUUAGGACCCAUUCAGGGUCAACACUAUCAUGAUCAAGGAAUGGCACCAGUUAAGUAGCUACCUGUCUUCUCUAUCUUGUGCUCAGUGAGAAUGGAGCCAGCUUCACUCAGACAACAAAGAUGACUUAAAAUUGACAUUGAGAACACUUCUGGUACUGACAAAUGAGAAAGUUCCACUGUAAUGAAGCCCCUCUGUAAUGAAGGUAGUUUUGAGGAAAACAGUUGGACAGUUGCUACAAGCCAAGUUAGCUAUUCAUGGCAUGUGUUUUUAAAGUCAGAACUAGAAAAUUAGCAUUUAGGCUUGUAUAUUUAGCUGUGUUCCUGAAAAAUGAACAUACUGAACCUUUCAUUGAUAGGGUUCACUGCUGACGAUAAAUGUUGAAAAGACAAAAUUGGAAUUUCUGAAAACUUAUGUUUCAACAAACUUUAAUGAUAAUGAAGUUAGCAAAUGCAUGGAUAUUUUGAGGUCUGUGGAAUUUUGUGGGACAUUGUUGAAAUGACCAAUAUACUGGCAUUACAAAAUCAGUCAGAUUGUGACUCUAAGAUGGGGCAGUGGUUUUAUUAGUACAGGAUGCAUGGGUACAGCUGAAGAGCCUACACUGCCUUUAGGAAACUUGCACAUACAGUACCAUGCAUAGUACAGUAGUGUCAAAGGACAGCCAGUGACUUGAAAACUCUUCUUUCCCAACCUUGAGGCUGACAUGCUCAGCUCAACCAUACAACAGACUGAGCAGACACAUCUAACUGGCUUCUCCUAAGCUAGAUGUGAAGUGAUUAUAGCACUGCGUCAUGCCACUCUUCUCCCAGGAUUUAUUUUUCCCAAAAUAUGUUAAUGAAGGAUUAAAAAAAAAAAAAAACUGCCUUAAUUUUUAAUGUAACAA